CCUCCGAGCGCAUUCGUGCGCGCGCGCCGACCCAGACGCACGCGAUCGUUCCCGUCGAGUUUACCGAAAAAUGGAAACUACGCGAUUUAUAUCCCGCCUCGGACGCCAGUGACUUAGCGUUCAGACCCAUUCUAAAACAAUAGGACUGUUAAAAUGAUGUGUCAAUAAACGUAACAGUGUCGUCCGAUGCAUCGAUUUCAGUUUGCUUUUUCAGUUACAUGUAACGCGUGAAUUGGACGCGACACAUACUAUGUUUUACCAUCGAAAGUGACAGGGACUGGUGACAUUUGAAAUCGAUAGUAUUGUUAAUUGAGUCAGCACGUAUGCGGGUCGUCUUCAGUGAAAUUGGAGACUUGAAAAUAUUUGGAAUUUUCAUUCUAUUGUGAAGUGAAUGUGGGAUUUGUCGUCGCACGUGCGCUGUUAACACCGAGUGACACCAAAGAUUUAAAGAUGAACCAAAAGUGCAAAGUGUGCGGAGAGCCGGCGGCCGGGUUUCACUUCGGUGCUUUCACAUGCGAGGGAUGCAAGUCAUUCUUCGGCCGGUCCUACAACAACCUGAACUCCAUCACGGAAUGCAAGAACAACGGCGAAUGCGUCAUCAACAAGAAGAACCGGACUGCCUGCAAAGCGUGUCGACUGCGCAAGUGCCUCAUGGUGGGCAUGUCCAAGUCCGGCUCCCGAUACGGCCGCCGCUCCAAUUGGUUCAAGAUCCACUGCCUGCUCCAGGAGCAACAGCAAGCCGUCCAGUCCCAGUCUCCGCCACGAGUACCUUCCUCUCCACAUCACUUAGCACCGCCUUUCCCUCCACAUUUGUUCCCUGGUCUCGCGAGACCGAGAACGAAAGAAGAACUAGCCCUGCUGGGCUUAGAUGAGUACAAGCCGCCGUGUUCAGGAUCCCCUGACUCGCACCGAAGCGGGUCGUCUCCUAAAUUAGAUGAGAAGACCAGACUCUCUCGGCCGCCGGAUAGACCGCUGACGCCGCCACGAGACGCCCUGUUCCCACUGCCCUUAGCUAAUAUAGCUUCUUUGCCUCACUUUCCACACUCCCCGUUCUUACCGCCCCCGCCGUUUAGUCCGUUCCCUGGAAGCCAUCACUUGCUAUUCCCCCCUAGUCUCCAUCCUAUAUACUCUAGACAUUUGCUAGACCACCCGGCGCUGCGACAUGCUGCCGAAAAUAAUAAUGAUGUGAGAAUUGACGACCACAACGCUGAUUCAUCAAAGCGAUUCUUCUUGGACGAAAUCUUAAAACAACAACAGAGGGCUACGCAGCCUAUCACUCAGGAGGAGGUAAUACCCGAGGCAGAAUUCGUUCCUACGCCGCCAGCUGAGCGGAGGACGUCAGAAUCUCCCCUGCAGGAGAAUCCCAUGGAUCUGUCAGUGAAGUCGGAUGGCAGGUCGAGCUCAGCGCGGCGGAGGUCCGAUGACAGCGAAGUGAUAAUCCCGGAUAAUGAGGACGCGGAAUCGGCGAGCGCAGGCGCCUCCGCCAGCGAGGAGGAGGACGUGUCCUACUCGCAGAUCAAGAGGAUCAAACUCCACCCACUGGACCUCACGACCAAGGUGUGACACCAGCGUCAGUUGACCAGACAGUAUAUCAGUGUACGUGUAACGUGGCCAGUAACGUGGGAUUGUGAUUUAAAUUAAGUAGGCAAAGACAAUCAAGCUCGUGUGACGUCAUGAAAGAUUAUAUCCAAAAAAUAUUAUGUAAUAAGUAGUUUAAGAUUGAAAAUUUUAAUUGGUAUUGUGCCCGGUUGAUGGUUUUGUACAAAAACGAAUUUGUAAAUAAUAAAUUAUUCUUUUUUUUAAUUUUUUCCGUGUAUAGAUUAAGUUAGGUUAGGUUUAGUUAGCAAUUUUUGUUUGAGUAGAUGCCGGGUGUUGUGACAUUCCGUUUGCUGAAAAUCAGUUAAAUAAAUAAAUAAAAAUAUA